GCUGCUUCGUUUACUCGGUUAGCUAUCCGAGCUACUAGCAGAGAACUUUUGGCUAGAUUUGGAUAAAUGUGGAUUUAAAUGGAAAGGGUCUGGCCACGGUAACCAGAUCCUCUACCUUUGCUUUACUCAGGGAGUGAGAUGAUUAGUAUUGACUAUUGAUCCUGUGAUCCUGCUGUCAAGAGGAUGCCAUCAGAAAAUCACUGACAACGAUGGAUGCAUUUUUGGGAACACUUCAGGAUCAUGACAUCAGCUCUGUCCUGACCUCCUGUGAGCCAGAGCUACAGGAGCUAAUGAGGCAGAUUGACAUCAUGGUUAAUCACAAACGCAGCGAGUGGGAGGCUGAGGUGCGAGCCUUAGAGCUUCGCCUCCAUAACGGAGAGGCGGAACUCCAGUCAGCCAGAGAUCUGCUGGAUAAAAGGAAUUCUGAGAUGAUCAGGGUCAGACAGGCUGUGUCCUCCUUGCUGGGGCUCCAGGACAUAGGCUUCCAUAUGAUCAGUGUGGUAGUGGAGAAGGGAUUAUUGCAGAUCAGGGUGCUCGGGAAGCAGCUUGAAGACAUGCAGGCUGCCAAGCAGGAACUGGCCGGGAAGUACGAAAGGCAGCUGCAGCACGUGAAGGAGGAGUUGUCCAAGUUGAAGCACAGCUAUGAGAAGCUACAGCGCAAGAAUCUGAAGGAGGCACGAGAGGGAGCUCGCAGUCAGGUGGAGGAGAAGGGGGAGGUUUUGCUCCUCAGCCGCAAGCUGGAGGAGUUCCGUCAGCGCUCGGCAGAGUGGGAGCAGCAGAGACUACAGUAUCAGAGGCAGGUGGUUUCAUUAGAGGCCCAGAGGAAGAACCUGGCAGAACAGUUCACCCUAAUGCAGGCCCAGGGCGCGGGACGGCUGCAGGCGCAGGCGGAGGCCCAGCUGCUACGGGUCCAGCUACAGCGGGCCCAAGGCUCUCUCCAAACGCAGGAGCUGGAGCUGGAGAGACUGCGGCUGCUGCAGGACGAUCUCGGGGACUCGCAGCGGGAACAGCAGGUCAGCGGCAGCGCCGCGGCUAACGCCCCAGGACAGGUCCUGAGUGAGGAGAGGCAGGAGCUGAGGGCCACUCUGGACUCUCAGGAUCAGUUUGUGCAGAGCUUGAGCCUCCAGGAGCAGCAGCUGCACACACAGGUGACCUACCUCAGACAGAGCCUGCAGGCCAAAGAGGACAUCAUCAGGUCCCUGGAGGGGUGUCUGGCGUCUCAGAGCUCAUCCCCAGGCCUGGCGUCUCUCAGGCAGGAGUUGGACAGAGUCGUCACCAAACUGCACUCUUCCCAGGAUUGUGAGAAGCACCUCAAAACUGAGGUCACCCGACUCCGAAACAAACUGGACACCGUGCGGAGACAGAGAGCAGACGGGAGUAAGAGAGAGCAGGAACAGAAGCAGGCGGAGGAGGAGCACGCCCGCUCUGUGGCUGAAGUCAAGCGGGUCAGGAGACCGCACGCAGUGCUGCGUGAGGAGCUCCAGCGGGCGGAGCAGACCCGCCACGGUGAAUUAGAGGGGAUGAGGAAGGAGGUGUCUCAGCUAACGAGCGAGCUUCACCAGCGUGACAUCGCCAUGGCCACACUCAGCGGCUCCGCCUCCGGCAUGGAACGGCAGCUGCGGGCAGAGGUGGAGAGGGCGGAGCACAGAGAGGCUGAACUCAAGGUAACGCAGGUCCAGCUGGAAACCCUGAAGAUUGAAAACCAGCACCUGAACGAUCUCCUAGAGAGGGUGGAGUCGCGUUCCCCUAAGAGGGCAGACAGAACGUUGGCGAGUCUGCGGGACAGUUACAUGUCGUCUCUGGGCAGCCUGGAGCAGGAGAACCGGCAGCUGCGGCAGGAGCUGGCAGAGCUGUGUGCCCGCAUGGACGCCAGCGCCCAGACAUGGCAGGACAAAUACGAAAGAGCCCUGCUACAGAACCAGAGUAGUCACACGCACGCCAGAUGUGAGGCGGAGCUACAGGCUGUAGAGGCUCGCAUGCAGGCGAGCUCCUCCCACUACGAGCGUCAGAUCCAGACCCUCCUCAAGCAGCUGGAGGCGCUAUCCGUCCCCUCUCCUCACCGUGCCGACGGCCAGCCGGGCGAGAGCAGGCCUCCUGUCUCCCCUCUACCCUCGCCCUCGUCCUCUGGCUCCUCAUCUUCCUCGGCCGAUGGAGGACAGCGGAGAGCAGCACUGCGUGGCACUGCGGCUCGGGAGGAGAAAGCACCUGCCUCGGGACCUGCUGGAGACCCCAUCUCUGUGGAGCGCUGUGCUGCCUCUCCGGAUGUGUCUGUAGCUUCCCGCUUCCUGGAGGAGGAGUCGUUGCGCUCCGAGGAGCUCCUCCAGAGGCUGGACUCCCACAUCCAGAGCAUGAAGCAAGAGAACGCCGAGACUGUCCAUAAGUACCUGGGCAAGGACAGCAGCCCCCAAAGUGCACACUGAUGCGCACACACACACACACACGCACACACACAGAGGUGCCUUUUAAGACUAGUCUAAAUGGAUGCAUUUGCAUUUUAUAGUACCGAGGUGAGAAUGUUUUCCCAGUGUUACUGGUGGGGAAAAAAAAAGAGAAAAGAUUAAAGGUCAAAGCCAAAAAGACUGAGAAUCCGACUCAGGGCUCAGACUGUAACUGCAGGAUGUGCAGGGACCCCUGGAGCACAAUAAGGACCACCUCAGCCAUGCUGUGGUUGGUGCGGUAGUGUUGGAGCCCUGUAACCUCCACACACGCAGAGCCCAGCCGCACACAUCCUUCCUGCCUCUUCGUCUGUGUCUUUUGUAGUCUCCGGUCCCUUUUGUAGAGCACUUUAUUAAUGUUAAUGCCACUCACUCCUUCUGUUUGAUCCAACCUAUUUUUGAGUACAGUUGACAGUCAUGUGAAAGUUUAAACAUGUGAACAUGUGACAUGUGAAGAGUUUGUUGUGAUGGGAGAAUAAAACAAUCUUGUUUUUAA